AUGGCCGUACCCUGGCUAGUAGACUGUCCCAACCCCCCUAAAUCUCAAGACACAGUUCGUCCACCACCCCGAAAACGGGUCGCACUUGAAAUUGAGACAACAGACUCAGAGAUCCUGGAUAGCACUGAUGUACUGGCCAGUGUCAGCAAUGACAACACAGUGGAAAAACUGAAAAGAAAAAUUGGCUGCUACAAAUCAAAGCUGUCAAGGCUAAAGAAAAAGACACCAUCUAUCAGCAAACAAACAUUAAAGAGGGAAAUUUCCAAAGUAUUGCCAAAACAAGCCGCACAAUUUGUCAACGAGCAAAUUGAUAAUGCCAAAAAAAAACCAAGGGCCAUUCGGUGGAGCAACUUCAUGAAAAGUUGGGCGUUACAGGUUAAGGGUACAGGGCCAAAAGCCUACCGAACCAUGAGGAGAAUUUUCAAGCUCCCUACAGCCAGGACCCUUUCAAAUAUCUUGCAGAGAGUAGACAUCGGGCCGGGAUGGCAUGAACCUGUGCUGUAUGCACUUAAACAUCAAGUGCAGCAUAUGGAAGAGCGAGAUAGGCACGUUGCCAUCACAUUUGAUGAAAUUACAUUGAAAUGUAGCCUAAAUUAUAACAUCUCGAAAGAUGAAGUAGAAGGGUAUGACGAAGGGGGAAGACCAGCCAACCAUGCAGGGGUUUUCAUGAUCCGUAGUCUAACUGGGAAAUGGAAACAACCCAUAGGGUACUUCUUGUCAUCUGGGACCAUGAAGCAUGGGGUCUUAAAAACCAAAAUCAUGGAGGCGGUGGAAAAGGUGCUUGACACUGGCUUCACUCCCAUGGUGCUGGUAAUGGACCAAGGCAGCAACAACCUGGCAGCCUGUAGAAACCUGGGUAUAACAGAAGAAAAACCGUACUUCUUUGUCAAAAGCCAGAAGAUUCAUUUUUUAUUCGACCCCCCCCAUUUAAUGAAAAACAUCAGAAACAAUUUGCGAAAAUAUGGAUUUUACAUAGGGGACAAAUUGGCAGAAUGGGGAGACAUCACUGAAAUGUUUAAAAUUGAUUCACAAAGACAACACCGAAUGGCACCCAAGUUAACCCAACGGCAUCUGUCCCUCACUGCCUUUUCAACAAUGAGUGUGCCUCUCGCCACUCAGGUAAGCCACAAGUGAAAACUGUCAUGCAGGCGUAUAACAUUCAAUUUACAAUCUUUAUCUAUGGUCCUGAAAAUGGGAUUUUUUUUAUUUUUUU